AAGUCUCUCAGCACAGGAAUUUUACCGGACUCCUAGAAAGGAACUGAAGUAAAAGACCUUGGCUGUGUCUUCUCUCCCCAACCAGGAGCUGCAGACACUUCACCUGCCCUCCCUCAUCCUCCUCCCCCAUCCGUCUCCUGAUCUCUGCACCUGUUCUGACUCGUCCACCAGGUGAAGGGGAUCCUCUGCCCUGCCGUGUUUUUUCAGCUGACCAUAGCUGCAGGGGAAUUAGGAACCCAGUCUUUUCAUUUGCCUGGAUUGCUGGUUUGCUGUCUAUCUCUCUCUCUCUCUCUCUUACACCUCCCCUCCCUCCCUGUCUAUCCCUGCCCCCCUCCCACUCCAUCUCUGUCUAGCCCACUGCCUUGCCUAAAGUCUGAGCCUGGCUGUGUAUGCGUGGAGCUGCAGGAACUUCCACACUGGGGUGAAGGUGUGUAACACAUGGCGAGAAUGCUGGGGAAGAGCGAGUGAAAGGAAGGGGUGAAAUAUAAUCCUUCUGCAGGAUACAGCUGCAUAUGACCACGCUGGACUGUGUGCUGGAUAACUGCGAUUCAGCUGAAUCUCUGAAGUAAGAGCAAAAACUACAGGUUGGGACAAGAGAAAACCAAAGAAUUGAGGUGUGACUGUGCAGUUGGGAGAGAAGUGAGUAUGAAGGGCCAGGCUGUGGUUGUGUCUGGCGUUCUGCUGGCCCUGUGUUGUGUGCUGCUCCCCAGAGGAGGAGACAGCGCUGGGGGGAUAGUGUCUCUACGGCAGCCAAGAGAGGAGACAGAGGCAGGGGCUCUGCCAGAGGAUGAGUCCCUGGAUGAUCCAAAAAGAGUUCAAGGACUCCUGGUGGACCCAGACACACUGGGAAGACCUAGCAAGACCAAGCGAGAUGCAGAGGACGUUGCACUGGCCGGCAGGGUAAGGAGAGAACCAGAGGAGGGCAAAAAGAAGAAGAAGGACAAAAAGAAGAACAAAGAGCCCAAGGACCCCAAUGCCACCAAGAAACCCAAAACCGACAAGAAGAAGAAGAAGGACAAGACAACGACCACCACACUACCACCUACCACUACACCGAUCCCCACUGAACCGCCCACAGAACCUGAACCUUACCCAGACUACCCCUAUCCUGAAGGUGAAGAUGACUACUGGAAACCAGAGGAAGAGGACCCAGCAGGCCCGGAGACUGACCCAGAGGAUGACUACUGGAAAUUUGAUGAUCCCGAACCAUCCCCAACUCCAGAUGAGAGUCCCAUCACAGACCCUCCAUAUGACUACUGGAAACCGGAGGAGGAAGACCUGGGCGGCGCUGUGACUGACUCUUACGAUGACUACUGGAAGGGAGUGGAGCCGACGCCUCUGACCCCUGAGGUUGAUGGGAAGCCUGAUACAGAUGACAGUUCUUACUGGGACGCCACAUUUGAGGUGCCAGAGAGCCUCCCGUUCCCUGAUGGUAAAGAGGUCAGCCCUGAAAUAGAAGUAGAAACAUUGACAGAGGAGCCCACAGUCCCUCCUCCAUACGAGGGGACUUGGUAUGAUGAUUAUGACGAAUAUGGAAUGAGGAGGAAAGAAGAUGAGUCGGAAAUAAAAUGGAUGGAGAAGGAGAGAGAGAGAGCAGCGAAAGAGAGAGAGCGGCAAGAGAAAGAGAGAGUACAGAAACUGAAGGAGGCAGAGGAGCGGGCUAGGACCAGACCACGCGUCUUUAAAGAGCCAAAGAAAUGUCCUCCCCUGGGGAUGGAGUCCCAUAAGAUCGAAGCAGACCAGCUCUUGGCCUCCUCCAUAUCUCAGUAUCGCUUCGCACCUCAGAAGGCACGCCUAAACAUGCAGGGCUCUGACGACGAGGACAGCACGCGAGGUGGGGCCUGGUGCGCAAAUGCAGAGGACAAGAUCCACUGGUUUGAGAUUGAUGCACGCAAGGAGACUGAAUUCACUGGGAUCAUCACGCAGGGACGAGACUCCCAGAUCGAGAGUGACUAUGUGUCAUCCUACUACCUGGCUUUCAGCAACGACAGCAGGGAGUGGACGACCAUCCAUGAUGGGUACUCUGACUGGUUGUUUUUCGGUAACAGUGAUAAAGACACUCCGGUGAUGAACCAGCUGGCUGAGCCCGUGGUGGCCCGCUACAUCAGGAUCAUCCCUCAGAGCUGGAACGGCACUCUGUGUAUGAGGCUGGAGGUCCUAGGCUGCCCCCUGCCUGAUCCUGCCAGUUCUCAGUUCGGGCAGAAUGAAGUGACCCCAGUAGACUACUUGGAGUUCAAACAUCACAGCUACUCAGAAAUGGUCACAGUGAUGAAGUCAGUGAAUGACGAGUGUCCCAACAUCACCAGCGUUUACAGCCUGGGCCGCAGCUCCAAGGGACUGGACAUCAUGGCCAUGAUCAUCUCUGGCGACCCCACAGAGCACGAGAUAGGUGAGCCGGAGUUCCGCUUCACAGCAGGUCUCCAUGGAAACGAGGCAGUGGGCCGUGAGAUGAUUCUGCUUCUCAUGCAGUACCUGUGCAAAGAAUACAAAGACAGAAAUCCCCGAGUCCAGCGGCUGGUGGAAUCAAUACGCAUCCACCUGGUGCCCUCACUCAACCCUGAUGGCCAUGAGAAAGCCUUUGAAGUGGGAUCAGAGCUCAGUGCAUGGACAACGGGCCACUUUACUGAGGACGGCUAUGACAUUUUCCAGAACUUCCCAGAUCUGAACGACAUCCUGUGGGACGCUGAGGAUAAGGGCAUGGUGCCCAAACUCACCCCCAAUCACCACGUGCCGAUAUCAGAUAACCUCGAACUGAACAGCUCGUUUGCCUUGGAAACCAGAGCCAUAAUCUCCUGGAUGAAAAGCCAUCCAUUUGUGUUGGGUGCGAACCUCCAGGGCGGGGAGCGGGUUGUGGCCUACCCUUAUGACAGCUAUCGUCUCAACAAGGCUGCCGAGAGCCAGAGGCCCCACAGCCGCAAGAAGAGACAGUAUGAGGAGGAAGGUUUUGAUGUGACAGAGUGGGGAAGGGGCUACCACGAGGAGCCUGAGGAGGACUGGAGAAACAGGGGAUACGCAGAGCCCGAGGAGGAGUGGCGAGGAUACGGCUACGACCACGACCACGACCACGGCUAUGGCCACGGCCACGACCACGGCCACAGAGAGGAGGAGGAGGAGGAUGACAGAAGGAGAGGAGGCGAAGGCGGCGGAGGUGGAUACCAGUACGCCGAGCCUGAGGAUGAGCCACGGGUGAUCCCAGAUGAGUCCCUUUUCAGGUGGCUGGCUAUCUCCUACGCCUCCACACACCUGACCAUGACGCAUAACCACCACAGCUCCUGCCAUGGAGACAACGCAGGAGCGCAUGGAAUCAUCAACCGUGCCAAGUGGCAGCCAGUCACAGGCAGUAUGAAUGACUUCAGCUACCUGCACACCAACUGCUUUGAGCUGUCCAUCUUCCUGGGAUGCGAUAAGUUCCCUCAUGAGAGCGAGCUGGCAUACGAGUGGGAGCAGAACAGAGAAGCUAUGCUCACCUUCAUGGAGCAGGUGCAUCGCGGCAUUCGGGGCAUCGUGAAGGAUCAGGAAGGGAACCCCAUUGCAAAUGCCACCGUGUCUGUAGAGGGCAUCAACCAUGACGUCACUACAGCUUCAUCAGGGGAUUACUGGCGGCUGCUGAACCCAGGGGAGUACCACGUGACAGUGCGAGCUGAGGGCUUCUCCCCGAUGACCAAACUCUGUGUGGUGGGUUAUGAGUCAGGAGCCACCGCCUGCAGCUUCAACCUGGCCAAGUCCAACUGGGACCGCAUCAAACAGAUCAUGGCCCUGCAUGGCAACAAGCCGAUACGUCUCAGCUACGGCAACGGCAGGACAUCCCACUCCUCGGUCGCAAACGGCCACCGGCGUGUGACAACUGACAACGGCAGGUAUUCAGUGGAUCCACAGGCUCGCCGUGACCGGCUGAGAAGGCUUAGAUUAGCCCGUCUCCGUCGCCUACGGCUACUGAGAAUGAUGAGAUCGACGACCACGUUACCCCCGACAACCACGUUGCCCCCAACAACCACAAUCACGUUCCCCACAGUAGCAGAGAGCACCACGUCCUGGUACGAGUCAUGGUUCACAGCAGAGGGACAGUCUUCAACACCGGGAGGGUUCACAGAUACUCUGGAUUAUAACUAUGAGUACAAGAUUGAUGACUAUUAAAAUAAACACACACACACACACACAGCCUGUUUCAGUACACUAUAGGCAUCAGUCCUUUCCUGCUUGUAGUUCUCACUUGCUGUAUUCGGUUUGGGCAGGUUGAAUAACAAAAAAAUUAGGAAAGGAAUCCUUUUUGUGUGAUGUAUAACGGGAUGGGAAGAUUAUUUAUCCAAAUUAAAUGUCAACUCCUAAACACUUGACUAGAAUGAUUUCAUCGAGCUGCCAAUCACUUAAACAUGAAAAUGCCUCUUCAUAGACACAGACUUUUUAUAUCAUAUCAUUUCAGUUUGAUAGUCCACUCUGCAUUCUUCUGACUCAUUAUUCAAACUUCUGCUGUCAAUGCAUUUGGGCUUUAUGAGGAGAUGUUUACGGCAGAUGCAUGUU